AUGGUUAAACAAUUUUUUCCAAAUUUAAGUCAAAAUUAUAUUGAGAUUUUGGAUGAUGAGUAUUAUGAUAUUACUAUUGAAGUUGGUGAAGAUCCAAACAAAAAUGAUAAUGAUGGUGCCUUGACUAGGGAUGGCAACGGUCACGCCUUGACUCAUGUUAAAUUGUCAAAUAUCUCACCAGAAAUCUUUCAAAUUAUUUUGAAAUAUAUUUAUGGUGGUGUUAUUUCAUUAAAUGAUCAAGAACCUUCUGAAAUUUUAAAAAUUUUGGUUGCUGCUGAUCAACUAUUUCUUCAAGAAUUAAUUGAUUAUUUACAAAAAUACUUGAUCGAAAAUAAAUCUGAGUGGAUAAAAAAAAAUUUGAAUUUAUUCAUCGAACAAAAAAAAUUUUUGAAUCACUUGAUUUUACCUCUUCCUGAAAAAUCUUUGGUUUCGCUCAUCAAUAAAGAUGAUUUAGUUGAAAUUUGGGAACAUGUAUUAAAAUGGGGUCUUCAAAAGAAUCCUACAAUUCAUCCGGAUCCUACAACAUGGUCAGUCAAUGAUUUCAAAAUGAUAGAAAAUACUCUGCAAUAUUGUCUACCUUUAAUUAGGUUUUUCAGUUUAUCUUCUGAUGAAUUUAUACAAAAAGUUCAUCCUUAUAAAAAACUUUUAAAACAUUAA